AUGGCUUCUGGCCUUGCACGACCACGAUCUAGCACAUCUGGCUCAACUGCGAGCAGCCGUCCCCAAUCAAUCUGUCCACGACCGCUCUCCCGCGCUUCAACGACAAGCAUUCCUAAAACCUGCGCACAACCUGCGCAGCAACAUCAGCAUCUGCCUGAAUCUUCUCAAGCACCUCAAGCUCAUUCAGCCCAUAGUAUACUGUUACAAGAUUCUGCUGAAGACGCGGUCACACGUUCUGAGCAGCAAUUGACCAACCCAGACCUAAACCAGCAAUAUGCGAUCGAUCCGUCGCUGCAAGACCCUGCUGCUCGACCGCAGGCAAUGGGUGUAGAAGAUUCGUAUAAUGGAAACAGUGAUGCAAUGAGACAAUUGAUGAACCACAAUCGUUCGUUGGAUAGUCAUGGGCAACAAUUUGUCAUGACAUUCACCAAUGAGCAAACCCAAAAUGAUGCAGGAGCUGGAGAAACGAGGAAAAGAAAGGCUCGGCCUCGAGCAUUUCUAAUGACAACGAGCUCCGAAAGCUUUUCGCCGCAAACAAAGAUCGUGAUUUGA